AUGGCGGCUUUCUCUCCACCUCUCCUCGUCCCCAUCCUGGCCGUUCUCCUAGCAACAGCUGCCACAACCCAAUGCUACGCUGACAAAGACCACGGCCACGCCGCCAAGGCAGCCUUGGCGCCGCCGGCUACCGUCCACGCCAUCUGCCACACCACCCCGAACCCGGCAUCCUGCCUCGCGUCGGCAGCCGUGCACCUCGACGCCGCCCAUAUCGCGGCGUCGUCAGUCUCCAUAACCAUCCUCCCCGCGAACAUCCUCUCCGUCUUGCUGGCGUCCCUCCGCAGCGCGCUCACCGCCGUGUCCUCCCUCUCCCCAGUCCUCUCCUCCACGCUCUCGGCGCCCCCGUCGCCGUCCUCGACGCCUCUCCGGCGCGGCGCGGCGCAGGACUGCCUUGAGCUCCACGCCGCCACGCUGGAGUCUCUCUCGCGCUCGACCUCGCUGCUAACAAGCCCCGGCGAGAGCCUCCCCGCCGUGCGCGCGCACCUGUCGGCCGCGCUCACCAACAAGGCCACCUGCCUCGACGGCCUUGCCGGCGCGUCCGGCCCAAGGAUGGACGGCCUCCUCUCCUCCCUCGACGACGCCUACGAGCACGUCUCCAACUCGCUGUCCCUCGUCGCCCGCCGCGGCGCCGGCGGCCCGGCGUCCAGCAGGUUCCAGGCCACGGUGGCCAAGAUCAUCCAUCACAACCGGCGCCUGCUCCAGGACGAUGAGGAGGAGGAGGACGACGACAGCGACGACAAUAAUGGUGGCGGGGACGACGACAACAGCGGCAACGACAAGGACCACAACGGCAACGGGGAUGAGAGUGGCGAGACGGUGAUCACGGUGGCGAAGGACGGGAGUGGGAACUUCCGGACGGUGGGGGAGGCGGUGGCGGCGGCGCCGAGCAGGAGCGACGCGAGGACGGUGAUCAAGGUGAAGGCCGGGACGUACGAGGAGAACGUGGAGGUGCCCGCGGACAAGACCAACAUCGCCCUUGUCGGAGAGGGCCGCGACGUGACCGUCAUCACCGGCAGCCGCAGCGCCGCUGAUGGCUGGACCACCUUCCGCACCGCCACCUUCGGGGUAUCCGGCGAGGGGUUCCUGGCGCGUGACAUCGCGUUCCGCAACACGGCCGGCGCGGCGAGGGGGCAGGCGGUGGCGCUGCGCGUGAACGCGGACAUGGCGGCCGUGUACCGCUGCGCCGUGGAGGGCCACCAGGACUCGCUCUACGCGCACUCGUUCCGGCAGUUCUACCGCGAGUGCGCCGUCUCCGGCACCGUGGACGUCGUCUUCGGCAACGCCGCCGCGGUGCUCCAGGCGUGCGCGCUCGUCGCCGGCGCCCCGGUCCCGGGCCAGUCGAACGUGCUCACGGCGCAGUCCAGGAGCGACCCGGCGCAGGAUACCGGCUUCGCCGUGCACAGCUGCACCGUGGAGGCCUCGCCGGCGCUGCUCGCCAGCGGCGUCAGUACUCGCACCUUCCUCGGCCGUCCCUGGGGCGCGUACGCGCGGUCCGUGGUGAUGGAGUCCUUCCUUGGCCCGCUCGUGGACCGGGCCGGCUGGACGGGCUGGCCUGGCGCUGAGGAGGGCCGCAGCGACACCGUGUACUUCGGGGAGUACGGGAACGAUGGGCCAGGCGCUGGCACGGACGGCCGCGUGGGCUGGGCCGGGUUCCACGAGAUGGAGUACGACGAGGCGGCCCAGUUCGCCGUCGACAAGUUCAUCUACGGCGACGACUGGCUCGGCGCCACGUCAUUCCCCUACGACGACGGCAUCUGAACUCGAUCCAUCAAACUACGUGUAAAUCUCAGGCGUGAAGCGGUUAACUCUUGUUGUUACUGAGUUCAGUAAGGUUUGUCUGUGUCAGGAUCUAAUGAAACUGUCAUCUGUAACUCUGUAAGGCAACCAGUUUGUUUCCAAUGAAUUUUCCUGAGAUUUU